UCUCUCGCCAUCCCCGCGUCGCCGGCGGCCGGAACGCGGCCCGCAGGCCUCGGCGUCCUGGAGCGCAGGCUAGUGGAUUCAUAUUUAAAAUGGAAGUUGACAUUAAUGGAGAAUCUAGGUCUGUUCUAGCAACUCUCCCCUUGCCUAUUGCUGAGGUGAGUGCCACAGGCAAGACAGACUCUGAGAAACCUCGCUGCUCCAGCACACCAUGUUCGCCAAUGCACCAGACUGUUUCAGGCUAUCAGAUCCUCCACAUGGAUUCCAACUACUUGGUUGGCUUCACUACAGGGGAGGAACUUCUGAAAUUAGCCCAGAAGUGCACUGUAGGGGAGGAGAAGAAAGUAGAAGCGGUAGUGCCUACCUUGCGUUCCAAGCAGCUUGAUUCAGGACUUUCCCGCUCCUCCCGGAUGUGUAAAGCUAGAAGCAGAUAUUACCAGCCUUAUGAGAUCCCAGCAAUCAAUGGCCGUAGAAGGCGACGGAUGCCCAGCUCAGGGGAUAAGUGCAACAAGCCUGUACCUUAUGAACCCUACAAGGCGUUUCAUGGUCCUUUGCCUCUUUGCCUUUUCAAAGGUAAAAGGGCUCACUCUAAAUCCCUAGACUACCUCAAUUUAGACAGAAUGAACAUCAAGGAACCAGCUGAUACGGAAGUGCUUCAGUACCAGCUACAACACCUCACCCUGAGAGGAGACCGUAUGUUUGCUAGGAGCAGCACAUGAAGAUAAAUGGUCCUUGGUUCUUCUUACAUCGAAAUCCUCUGUAUAAUGUGGACAGACAGUCGCACACAUGGUACUUGAUUGUAUCAACAAAGUGUUACCAGACCAUAAUUUAUAUGAGUAAGAUUAUGAAGAUGGGGGUGGGGGGUAUUGUGGAAGAAACUACUGGAAAAUUCUGACUGCAGAUAUCAAUAGAAUACUAACAAAACAGAAGGAUUUGCACAUGGAUACCUAGAAUUUAUAGCAAUGUUACACUCAGAAAUCAAUGAACUGUGAUUUGUGUUUCUGACUGGGCUUGCUGUAAGAAACUACUCAUGGAUAAGCACUGAAAUACACUCUUAAUAUUGAAACAUAUGUGUAUAUGCAAUGACUUUUGCAUUAUAGGAAUAAUGAUUGACUAAGACCACAUUCUUUAAAAUAAUCCAGUUUACAUAUAUUAUAACUGGUUUUGCACUGGAAAUGGGGAAAGAAAUCACUGAUACAAUUAAGCUUGAGUACUUAAGUUACUAGAGCUGGCUUUUUUAUGUAAUUGAAUUAAUUUUCAUAUUUCAAAUUGAUUUCAGUGUAAAUGAAGAACAAAAAGCUAAUACAUUCUGAAAGAGGAAAAUAAUAGAAGGCAAAUCGACUUUUUAUUGUUUUAACACAUAAAUGGGAACUUUUAUGUUGUGUGUAUAUAAAUCGUGAAUACAUUUUAGCACUUCAUCUGAACAUUCCAAUUUAUUUUCAGCACUGAACACUACUUUUAACAUCUUAAUUUGGUCUCUGAUUUUUUUAAGCCUUCAGUGUUUUUACUGGCUAAUGAAUGAUGUCAAACACGCUGGCUUUAACUGUUUGUUUUAAAAGUCAUCUCAAAACAAAUUUAACCAUGUCUAAUCAUAGCAUUUAAAAAUUAUCUUGUGUUUUGUUUCAUUUUGUUUUAACCUUAAGAUAUGCUGCUUAUUAUUUAAGCAAUGUGCAACCAUGUUAUGUUUUGGGUCUGUAAGUUACUUAGAAGUGAUUACUUAAUAUUUUGGGAAAGGGUAAGGGGAAGUUUAAAUUAUUUGUGAAAUAAACUUUAUCAUUCCUGGUACAGUUCUGACUUUCCUGAGUGGAAAGAUUGAAUAGUUUUUGUCUUUUAAGAGAAGAUGCAGUGGCAUGUGCUUUGGAAGUAUAGCAUCCAUUGCCUCUUUGACACUUUCCCCCCAACAUUAUGUCCAGCUUGCAGUGCAAAAUCUGUGCAUAGGUUUUGUUUAACUUUAAGGGAAUACUUGUAAUUUUUACAAGUCACUAUGUUGUAGUGAGGAAUUAUUUCUGAAGAAACUGUUCUACAUAGCCUAUAGUUUGAGCAGAAGAGUACUGUCCAAUGCCAAAGAGAGGGGUUUUACAUUUAUUGAUUAAUCAUUAUUUAUUGAUUUUACCCUAUGAAAUGACAUUGUUGACUUAUGGAAUAAAAGGCUGAUGUGCAUACA